UCUUUCGACUCGUCGGACAAAACAAAUGAGGUGCACCGAUUCUCAUGUCUCGUCUCGUGAAAUAAUGUAAACGUUCUGUGGUUGUUUUAUAAUUUAUCUAUAGAAUGUGUAGACAGUAUUGUUGUCUGUAUGUUAACAUGACUAUGCUGUUGAUCUAUUUAAAUGUCUUUCUCAUUACUUGCAUAUCUGAUCUAUUUUAAUUGCGAAUCUGUCAGAAGCUGCGUGCUGUCAUUGGGCAGGAGGUCAGUUAAUGAGUGCCUCUAAAUUCAUUUAGGAUGUCUGAAUUUGGCAUAGAAUCAAAUCACUCCAUAGAGACUCAUAAGCAGGGUUCAGCUGGUGACAGUUCUUUUAAAAAACGACUCGGUAUUUUUGCUACUUGUGUGGUCGGGGGCUCAUUGGUGGCUCUGUAUGCAGUGACCGGACCGUUUAUAGCACCAGCUUUGAGGAAAGUUUGUCUCCCGUUUGUUCCUGCAACGAGGACUCAAAUUGAAAACGUUCUUAAGGUUUUGAAAACUAGAUCUGGGUCUCUGGUGGAUAUCGGCAGCGGAGAUGGACGGAUAGUUAUCGCUGCAGCAAAAAGUGGUUUCAAGGCAGUUGGCUUCGAGCUGAACCCCUGGCUGGUCUGGUACUCCCGAUACAAAGCCUGGAGGGAAGGUGUUCAUCACAACACAUCUUUUUAUAUGUCUGACCUUUGGAAGGUCAGUUUUUCAGAGUACUCCAAUGUGGUCAUAUUUGGCGUUCCUCAAAUGAUGGAGCAGCUUGAAGUCAAGCUCCAAACAGAGCUCCAAAAUUCAGCCAAAGUAGUGGCUUGUCGCUUUCCAUUUCCUACAUGGACUCCUGAUGAUGUCGCUGGAGAGGGGAUUGAUACCGUUUGGGUUUAUAAUGCCAAGACAUUCAAUCCUCCCAUCAGAAAUUAUAAAGACAGUGAAAGACCGAACCAAUGACAAACUAAGUUUCUUAAAAGAAACAUUUCUUUCUUUAGUGACAAACUUUUUGUCUCUCUCAUGUAAGCAAAAAAAAAUAACAGUACAAUUCGGCUGCCUUGUGCGCCUAAUUAAAAAUCCCUAUGUUUUAGAAAAGAAAAUAAUGAGUUUGUUUUUUCUGCAUUUGUAUUAUAUGACAAAGAAAAUUAUUUUAUAUAUAUUUUCUCAGAGAUGUGGAGUGAUCAAAUCCUGAUAAGAAUAUUUCAUGUUCUUGUUUAAAGGCCUGUUCACAUCAAGAAUGAUAACUAUAAAGAUAACUAUAUUAGCAUCCACAUCAGAGUCUGUUUAUUGUGGGGUGCACGCUCAUCUGCCACUUUAAAUUCUUGAUUUCUGAUUGUGUCCAUGUUUUUUAUCGUUCAUUAACUUAUAUCGUUAUAUCAUUUCUCUAUGCCUUUAUCAUUACAGCAGGGAACGAUUUUUAUAUCUAUCAUUAACUUUGUAGUUAUCCUCCUUGGUGUGAACAGGCCUUAAAGCUUUUUCUAUACAAUCAAGUAAAACUUAAAGCACAUCUUAAGUACUCAUAGGGACAAAUAUAUAUGUCAUGUAAAUAAUCCAAUGUUAUUCCUGGAAUAAACUGAUUUACUAAUUAUUAAUAUUUCACAUUUGUUAUAAUAAUUAUAUCUCAUACUGAUAAAAGAUGCAUGCAUAUUUGACCCUUAAAACCACAUUAAACCUUAAUACAUCUAAUUUCCAAUACCAAAAAAAUACCAUUCACCGCAAAGCCUUUCAGAGCCUUACACGCCACCAAAUCAACUUAUCUGCAUUGUGGGGACCAUAUCCUCAUUCAUACUUACAAAAUAUUAGAGGCCAGUAAAAAGUCAAUAUCCCUAAUAGGAUAAGAUGUGUAUGUGUGUUUGCACAUGUCCAGGUGUAACAAGAUUUAAAGUCCCAUGCCUCAACCCUUUAACAAUCAUGCACACCAAAAAAACCGCCUCCACUAUUUUAUGCUGACAUUGUGCCCUU